UACCUCCCCUUGUGUUUUGAAAGAGAGUGAAGAUGGCGACCAGCUCGGAGCGUAGUCCUCCCCCGUUCCCGGACUCCGAGGACCAAGAUGUGCUGGACACUGAAGAAGUCCGAGGCCGCGACAGUGAUGAAGACGAGGACCUCUUCGGGAGUCCGAGCACAUCACCAGUGACCGGAAUGGACACCACACUGACCAGUGAUGUGUCAAUGAAGCCUCCCAGUGACAUCAUGAAUGAUCCUUUAAUCGAGCCAAUGAGCAGCCAAACAGAAAACAAGCCAGCGAGUGAACCCUCAGACGAUUUUUUUGACCUGACAAACAAUGUUAGCGUUGUAGCUGCAGCUGCAACAAAAUCUGAUGAUUUCGUUGACAUAUUGGGAAGCGAAACUGGAGCUCAGAGAGGGGAAGUAGUAAAGGCAGAUGUUACUGUUGAAGCAACAAUAGAUAAAAGUGAAGUGACUGCUGGUAUUACAGAUCCACUCAGUCAGCAGGAAGCAAAACAAACGUCCACCGCUCCAGUUAUCGACCUCAGUGGUGACUCACAGCCUGUUACUAGCAAAAUUGCCAACCCUUUGGUCGACCUCUUUAGCGAUGCUCCACCAGCUGCUGAAGCCAAAAAACCCAGCAGCGCAAACGUUGAUCUCUUUGACGAUGAGGAAGGGAGUGAUAUUUUCGCAGAGCCGCUGCAGACCAAGCCUGCCAAGCAGCUGCAGAAAAGCCUCUUCGGUGAACCUGACGAGGACGUGUUCGGCGAGCCGCUGGGUGCCAUCUCAAAGAAACCCGUCCCUAAAGAGCAGAAGGAGAAAUCUGUCACAACCAAAGUUACUGCUGGGGGGCCGCUGCAAGACAGUAAGCCAGCUAAUAUCUUCAGUCAGGCAGCUGCCUCCACACCCAGCGUCACCAGCACCGUUAACUCCAAGAGCAAUGGAGUCCACUCUGAGGAGGAGGGUGAUAUAUUUGCUGCAGAGGCCACGGUGGAGCUCUCUCUCGACAGUCCGAGGAAUGAGAGAAAAAAGGAGGCGAUAGCCAAGCCAUCUGCUCCCACCCCCACCUCUCUGCCAGCAGCUGCCAGCCUCACCAAGCCACAGCCUCCUGCCCUGGAAGAGUUGGAAGAGGAGGAAGAGGAAGAGGAGGAAGACAAAUUUGACAUCUUUGUCUCUGUCAAAGAUCCCGAAAAAAUAGGGGACGGUAUGAAUGCCUACAUGGCCUACAAAGUAUCCACACAGACCACACUGCCCAUGUUUCGCAACAAGACAUUCACAGUGAGGCGACGCUUCAGCGACUUCCUCGGACUUUAUGAGAAGCUCUCUGAAAAACAUGGACCAAAUGGAUUCAUUGUGCCUCCACCACCAGAGAAGAGCCUCCUGGGGAUGACAAAGGUGAAAGUGGGGAAGGAAGAUUCAUCGUCUACAGACUUUGUUGAGAGAAGAAGAGGUGCUCUGGAAAGGUAUCUGCAGAGGGUGGUAAAUCACCCGUCGCUGCUCCAAGACCCCGAUGUCAGAGAGUUCCUGGAGAGAGAGGAAUUGCCUCGAGCAGUGAGCACUCAGGCUCUGAGCGGCGCCGGCUUCUUAAAGAUGAUCAAUAAAGCGACAGACGCUGUCAGCAAGAUGACCAUCAAGAUGAACGAGUCAGACGUGUGGUUCGAGGAGAAGCUGCAGGAGGUGGAAUCUGCAGACCAGCAGUUCAGGAAGCUCCACGCGCUGGUCGAAUCCCUGGUGGUCCACAGGAAAGAGCUGUCACUGAACACAGCGAGCUUCGCCAAAAGUGCGGCCAUGCUGGGCAGCGCAGAGGACAACACCGCCCUGUCCCGUGCCCUCUCCCAGCUGGCCGAGGUGGAGGACAAGAUGGAGCAGCUACACCAGGAACAAGCUGCAAACGACACCUUCACCUUUGCUGAAAUGAUCGCAGAUUACAUCCGCCUGCUGGGUGCUGUGAGGGGGUCCUUUGAUCACCGGAUGAAGGCGUGGCAGCGCUGGCAGGAUGCUCAGUCCAUGCUGCAGAAGAAGAGGGAGACUGAGGCCAAACUCCUGUGGGCCAACAAGCCCGACAAGCUGCAGCUGGCCAAGGAGGAGAUCGCUGAGUGGGAGGCCAAAGUGACGCAGUACGAGCGAGACUUUGAAAGAGUUUCUGCAACUGUUCGCAAGGAAGUCAUUCGCUUUGAGAGAGAAAAGACCAAGAAUUGCAAAAGACAGAUUAUCAAGUAUUUGGAGUGUCUGCUUCAAUCUCAGCAACAGCUGAUAAAGUACUGGGAGGCGUUCUUACCAGAAGCAAAAGCAAUCGCCUAAUCCUCAAACACCAGCCCUCUGGACUACAACAGGCUGCCUUUUUCUCAUACACUUUACCUCUUUUGCCUUUAAACCAAGGAAAAUGUGUGUAUUGUAAAGGGAGAUACAAUCAAUUCUGUUUUUGUUUUUUGUUUUUUAAAUCACCUUUAACACAUAGCUCUGUAUUCUAUUGUAUUAAUAAUUGUAUAUUUUCAUUUAACCUUCCACAAAUAUUUUCUUAAUAGAUGAAAAUAGAUUGCAUAAACAAAGAUACGGACAAAUGGAAAGAGGAAAAAAAGAAGUGUAGAUGAACGAUUCUAUUAAUUUCCACAGGAGAAUCAUUCGUUCUCAGGAUUUCCUCCCUCAUGUUGAUCAGGAGCUCUUUCACAUCAGCUGUGGUUCACUGUUUACAGCCUGGCUGCUCUCUCAUCACAUAUUUCUGGGGACCCAGAUGAAGAAAGUGGCUAAAUUCUCACUGUGUUUCUUAUUGGUGACUGAAAGGGAUUAAAUAACGGUUAGAAAUUUGAUUUAUGAACGCUUCCAGCAGGUGGAUAAACUACUUAAGUACCAUCCAUGUUUUUCUUUCUUUCUUUCUAAUUUGAAGUACUAUGAUGCUGAGGGGAAGUGGGUGCAGGGUGAUGAGCGGCAUUAGAUUAGCAGUUGUGAUCAAGGGCUUUGUCGCGUGCUGAGGUUGUGGGGUUAACGAUUUCAAAUUUCUUUCAGUAAGUGUGCAAACUUUAUGUCGGUGCCUUUAUAAAAGCGAGAAUGGUGUUUUGGCUUAAGACACCAGUUUAGGAGGAAGUCGUAGAGGGAGCUGUGGGCUUGCCAUCGUAUCGUCAUCUCAGCGCUGAUGUUUAAGAACUGCGGUUGCGCCCCAUUUACUACCAAUUUCUAAAAUGGUUUUAAUGUUUUCAGUCCGCCUUGCAUAUGAACCUGCAGAGACAUGAACUGGAUAAUCUAGUCCCUAAACAUCAUGUCAGAGUCUGUCUAGUUGCGUCACAUUGGACACUUUAAGGCAAGCAAACGCAGUUUAGAGGAAAUAAAUGCUGAUUGUGUGGGAUUAACCAACCCGAGCAAGUCUCAGCAAGCAGUUUCCUGCUGUGUCAGAUGACACCCAGAAGCUUUCUGGAUGGUAGGAUUCAACUUUGAGGUGGUGUAAAUAGAGCUGUAACUCACAGCAGUCUUACUUGUGGAUUAGUCCCAAGGUGUAGUCCUGUUUUCAUCUGACAGUCCAAACUAGCCCUUUGUUAUUCACUUCUAGUAGCACCGAAGGGCAAUAGGGAGUUCUUGGUUGCGUAUGCAUGUUCUCAAACACAGUGCAAAGUCCUCUCUAUCCCAUAAUGUGUACUGUUGGCUCCCUUUGUUAUGAAAAAACAGAAGGAAAAAAAGUCCAGUGAUUGGACAUGUGAGAGUGGUAGACUGCUAACAAGUGCAGCACUGUGGGCACAAAUCAAAGGGUGACUACUGCUGAGUCCAACAUCACUACUGUUCACUCAUUUAUUACUCCUGAUGAACAUCCAGCAGUUUACUGGAUAUUUCCACUCUAAUUUUAUGAAUUUUUACAAAAUGGACACGUUCAGCUUCUGUUGUAAUGUAGAAUUUUCCAGGGCACUUAUUCUAAAACACACACACUCUAAUUUUGGCCACACAAAUAAAAUGGUGUACAGUUGGUGAAGCGCACUAAGGGGAGUCAUUUUUGACCACAGACUGUAUAGAAAAGAUGGAUGUAACCUUGUGAGCUUAAAAAUGUGCUGUUGAAAGUGUUUUAAUCUGCCAUUCUUUCUACUGGCCAGCAGGGGGCACCACCUUUGGUUGUAAAAAGUAUUCAGUGUAUAAGAAAAUGCACUCACACAGUUUUCACAUUGGCAAAUGCUCCGCAAUUGGUUUAUAAAACUUUUUGUAAAUUUUGGUAGGUACAAAUAACUAAGCAACAUAUGCUAUAGAGUACAGUACAGUACUACAGUAUGCCUGUUCUGUGGCUAAGUCAGAUUUACCCUUCGUUUGUACCAUCUAAGCGAAAGCUUAAAAGAAUUAGCAUCUAAAAUGCAGAACUUUAGGCUUCACAUGGACGUCCAUCUUUUUUUUAUCCAGUUUAUUUAUGCAGUCUUUGUGUUUUAUGGCAUUCAUCACUUUUGAUCAAAAUCCAAGAUGAAGCUGUCUUUGAAGCAGUGAAUGUAAACACCCUUUUGUUCACAUUAAGUAUCCACACAGUUCCUUUAAUUUCAAAGGACAUACACCAGACAAAACCUAGAGGAGGAACCACCAGAUGUUUGACUUUUUCACUUGCUGAUUGGCGUAAAGACACAAAAUACUGUCCACGAUUUAUCGGAAAGGAGGCAACGAGAUGUCCUGUAAGAGCCGAUCUGGACUCCUCGGAGCUGGAUGGACGACACUGAUUGGCAAACAAAAGAUUAAUGCCUUCAGUGCUGUGGAGUGUAUUCUUUCUUAGUCUCAUCGUGUAUUUUUAACAAACCUGCGUCACAGCUUUACGUGGCAGGACUGCCAUCCCUUUUGAUUACAGCUUUAAUGUCACAUUUGCACUCAUGUAAAAACUGAAGGCGUGCAGCGACUGCGCUUCACUGUAUCGUUCGUCGUCAUUACGGCUUUCUUUUAACUUGCAGACAUUUCUUUGCACUUUUUCUUUGCCGGUUAGAUAAAUGACUGUUUUUGCUUUUAUUUUUACAUCAUUGAAUAAAAACAAGGUUGUUGGUGUGUGGUUAAAGGUGCAGAGCAAUGUCAGCAAUAUGCACUGUGUCAUAGAAACUUAAUUCAAAUCAAUAAAAGUUGCACUGUUUACACUUGGAAAUUUCAUAAAGAA